UAUUAAAUACAUCGUUUCUGGAUCGUUCUCUUCCAUAUUUUCGCUGGUAUAUCGAAGGACCAGCAAUAAUGCAGAUCUUUGUGAAAACACUUACUGGAAAGACCAUCACCCUCGAGGUUGAGGCAUCGGAUACAAUUGAAAAUGUUAAGGCGAAGAUUCAGGAUAAGGAAGGAAUUCCACCAGAUCAGCAAAGAUUGAUCUUUGCUGGCAAACAACUGGAAGAUGGUAGAACUCUUUCUGAUUACAAUAUUCAGAAGGAGUCUACCUUACAUUUAGUAUUGCGUUUACGGGGUGGAGCGAAGAAACGUAAGAAGAAGAAUUACUCCACACCAAAAAAAAUUAAGCACAAAAAGAAAAAGGUUAAGCUGGCGGUGCUUAAAUAUUAUAAAGUGGACGAAAACGGCAAAAUUCACCGCUUAAGACGAGAAUGUCCUAUGGAACAAUGCGGUGCGGGUGUGUUCAUGGCUGCAAUGGAAGAUCGUCACUAUUGCGGCAAAUGCGGAUACACACUUGUAUUUAAUAAGCCUGAGGAAAAAUAAAUAUUUUUCCACAACUGUAAAAA